CUAGGAGCUCCUGGGUUGAAAUAAAUACGCAUUAGAGGGACUUUCUGUUACAUCAUUUUCUUCUCAGCCAAGCCAUCUCUUGACCUUUCUAUUCUUUUCUUGCUUUUUUUUUUAUUUAUUUAUGAUAAAUCAUGAUUUUGAACCAAUUAUUUGAUUAAAAUUUUCCUCCUUAUACAUACACCCUGUUUACAAUUAACUGCAUUACUCUGCAAAUAGUAUCCGCUUCAAGAAUCCACAGAAAGCUAGAGAGAGUGAUCACUCAUGGCGGAAACUAAACAGUAUUCGAUGGAGCAUGAACAGGGUUGUGGCUUUUUUGGUGGAAUUUUUCAGCGGCGGAUCAUUGGGUGGCCGAAAAAGAAAGCAUCAAUAUAUUCAUUGCCGUCCUCAGAUAGUUCUGAAAAGCCAGAGAGAAAUAGUUUCAAGAAACAGAGAAGCCACCCUCAUACUUCAAUUCUGUAUUGCUCCAGUCCACAAAAACCACACCAAAAGCACACCAGGAAGCGCAGUGAGUUUCCUCCAAAACCCUCAAUUCCAUAUCAGAAAACUCAAUCUAUAAGAAACUCUGAUGCUGCCAGAAUCUCAUCAUCAUCCUCUUCCAGUUCUGGUCGAUUAAAAGUGUCCAGAAGCAUCGAAACAAAGCCGAGGAAAGACCCUUCUCGUAAUUCCAAGGAGCUUAACAAGAUUGUGUCAAAACAAACAAAUAGUGAAGGCAAAGCUCUCAUUCGAGCUGCGUCGAGUAAUGUCAUGCUUUUAGGCCAAUUGGGUAACUUAAGGCAGGCCGGGAACGGGAACUCUUCGCUAGGGAACAACAGUCUUAAUGCCACCAUCAAGACUGUGGAUUACCUUUACAGGGAUCUUCAGGAAGUGAAAUCUCAAAAAGGGUGUAGUAGACUUGGUGGAAAUGGCGUUAUGGGAAACAUUGUGAGGCAAUCUAGAUUGGAUCCUGAGGUGUUGAAAUUGUUGGGAAAUGAGAAGUACAAGCAGGGUAGAUUUGAAGAGGCUUUGGAUUUGUAUGAUAAGGCAAUUUCUCUUGAUCCAAGCAAGGCAACGUAUAGAAGUAAUAGAAGUGCUGCUUUGAUUGGUUUAGGCCGUCUUUUGGAGGCUGCCAUGGAAUGUAAAGAAGCCAUUCUGCUUCAGCCUUCCUAUCAGAGAGCGCAUCGCCGGUUGGCAGCUCUUUAUCUCAGACUGGGAGAAGCAGAGAAAUCAUUGCAUCAUUUCGAACUGUCGGGCAGCGAUCGUGACUCUGAAGUUAUUGUUCAAGCUCGGAUUCUUCAAAAGCACCUAACUAAUUCUAUCCAAGCUCGGAAACUAAAAGAUUGGACUACUUUGCUUAAGGAGACACAGUGUGCAAUUUCCUCUGGUGCAGACUCAGCUCCAAAUAUAUAUGCUUUGCAAGCAGAGGCCUUAUUGAGGCUCCAGAGACAUGAAGAGGCCUAUUCUACUACCCAAGAGAAGGGACCAAAAUUCUCAAUUGAUUCUUGUACAAAAUUCUUUGGUCCUCUUACCAGUGGACUUCUCUUAACAAUUAAGGCACUGGUUUAUAUGGCAGCCGGCAGGUUUGAAGACUCAGUGAGAGCAGCUGAAGAAGCCGCUCGCCUCGAUCCAACGGAGGUGGUUGGUGUCCUAAAGAGGGCUAAAUCCGUGGCAUCAGCAAGAUUGAGUGGUAACUUGCUUUUCAAGGCAUCUAAAUUUUCUGAGGCUUGUCUUGUGUAUAGUCAAGGACUAGAACAUGAUCAACAGAACUCGGUUCUUUUAUGUAACCGAGCGGCUUGUCGAUCCAAGCUCGGAAAAUUUGAAAAAGCUGUGGAGGAUUGCACUGCAGCUCUUAAUGUCUGGCCUUCGUAUAUCAAGGCCAGGCUGCGAAGGGCUGAUUGCAAUGUCAAGUUAGAAAGAUUUGAAGCUGCAAUUCAAGACUAUGAGGUGGUGUUGAGUGCAACUCCGGCAAAUGAAUAUGUGGGGCGAGCUUUGGUUGAGGCCCAAGUUCAGCUGAAGAAACAACACGAAAGCCCAUUAAGGAUAUGACUUUGGGUUCAAAUUUUGGUAUUCAUGUCUGACAGUCAGCGUUUUGGAUCCUCAAAGCAAGAAGUGAGCCCAAUACUUGUAUGGGCCUGGUCCUCUAGUCAAUACAAGUUUUUCCUUUAAACAUUUUGUACGAGUCUAAAGUCAGACCGUCAAAGUAUUAUUGAAAAUAAAAUUCGAAUUUAGGA